AGCAUAAGCAUCUGAGCACUCGUAGAGAACGGGAAACCCAAUCUUUCACGGUCCCCGGUCGGUGAGGAAAAGGUUAUCAGUAUGGGGAUUUACAGGCGACUUCCUCUGAUGUUAAUGCUGCUGCUGACCGUACUGACGGAUCGCAGCGUCGCGACACCUACCAAGUGUGGAAGAGAUCUUAAGAACACGCUGGGAAUUACCGAGGCCGGAGAGGGUGUGUUUCCUUGGCAUGUGACGAUAACCUACAACCAUGGAUCCUCCGACCACCACUUCCUAUGCAUUGGCACGAUCGUGUCCGAAAGCAUGGUAGUAACCGCCGCACAUUGUCUGAAUGAUACAUCGCAUCCGGCGCGUUAUCGGCUCAUAGCGGGACUGAAAGAUCAGCGCAGCUUGGAGGGAGAGUACAGCUACAAGGUGUCGCAGAUAAUUCCGCAUCCCGGGUACUUGCAGGGCACCUACAACAACGAUAUUGCCCUGUUGCUUACGGAUGGUGACAUAUUGUUCGAUCCGAACAAGAAGGUCCUUCCCAUCUGUUUGCCACGUGAUGAAGCGGAUGGCAGCGCCACCGUACAGGAGCAGUUGGACAAAAAAGGCUAUGCAACCGGUUGGGGAAUGACCGAGAACGGGAAGACGGGCUCGAGUUUAAAGUGUGGCGAGGUCGGAGAACUGGACGCCGAUAGUUGUCGGGAGCAACUCUUCGAGCAUAAUCACUUUCUGCUCUACAACUAUGCGGUGUUUUGUGCGCGCGCUCCGGAGAGUCGCAGAAACAGAUCCACCGUUUGCUUCAGCGAUCAUGGCGGUGGAUUAUCCGUUUUCAAAGCAGAUCGUUGGUAUCUCUGGGGCAUUGCAAGUGUGGCUGCGCAUAACUCCACGGAUGUGACCGAAUGUGAUCUGAACGGCAUCGUUGGAUUCACCGCUGUCGCAAACUACACCAAGUGGAUCGACGAUAAUCAGAAUGCCCAGAAACAGACCUACAAGAACUUGUUAAGGGAUCUAAACUGUGGCACGUACCAGAACGAGACGUUGGCUACCGAUUCGGGGAAUGCUGUAUCCUUUCAGUAUCCUUGGAAUGUGUUGCUGGAAUUACAGCAUGAGACAAGCAUGUAUGUCUGCGGUGGUGUACUGAUACACAAGCGGUUCGUGUUAACGAUAAGCCAUUGCCUGGUUGGCAUUCCUCCACAGUACACACUAAUCGUACGGCUUGGGGCGUCAACCAAGGAUUCGGCCACCACCGGUCAAUCGAUCCUCGCCGAGCGGAUCAUUCCUAAUCCCAACUUCAACGAAAUCCACUACGGUAACAAUCUGGCGUUGAUUCAACUCAAGUACGAUGCUGACAUCACCAAGCCAACCAUUAAACCGAUCUGCCUGCCAAGUGUGACCGAAUUCCUGCCCACCAACCUCACGCUAACCGGAUGGAUGCGGAAUCAGCAUCUCUUCCCGACUCUGUCACGUGACUCGAUCAAUACCGUUUCGGCCGCCGAAUGUGGAGCACACUACGAUGGUAAGGGUAUGGAGCUGCCCGAUGUAUCGGACAGCCUCUAUGGUGUGUUCAAUACUGAUCGGGAGAAGGUGUGCGAUAACUACAACGCCGGCUCAGUGCUACAGUACGCCAAGUUAUCGGACCAAACGACGCGCGUUUUCCUGGCCGGUUUAUUGAUGUUUAACUAUCCCGAGAGCUGCUCCAAUGGUUGCGAAACCUUCGUUACCACCGGGUACAACGCCUCGUGGAUCUAUGAUGCGGUUAAGGAUUUCCCGGCUAACGACUAGAAGAUACCGCGAGAUAACCGACAGCAUCUCCGACAGAGCAGAUCUAAGAACUGAUUUGUUAAAAUCAAUAUCUUGCGAUGUCUUUCGUUCGUAUUUGUCCAUAUGAUACGAGCAUUGUUACCUGUUUGCCACAAUAAAAUAUUGCUAGUGUUUUUC